AUGCAAAGAGGGAAGGAAGCAUCUAUCAUGUCUCAAGAUACAAUAACAAGCGUAACCAUUACAUUAUCUACCUUUGGUGAAGAAAUAACUUUGUCUGGGCUAGGCCUCAGAUAAUUAGACGGCUGUACACCAAUAUACAUACCACAUGUCACUAACAUUAAAGAAUAAAAGAAUAUAAUCGAAUAAGUUUCAUACCUAGCCAAGAAGACUGGCGCAUUUCGGGAACCUUUUAUCGAAUACCCACAAAUUCAAAAAACUAAAUUUUGUUUUUAAAGGGUUUGGGUUUUGGGUUUGGGUUUUGGGUUUGGGUUUUGGGGUUGGGGUUUGGGUUUCGGUUUGGGUUUGGGUUUGGGUUUGGGUUUGGGUUUGGGUUUGGGUUUAGUUUGGGUUUGGGUUUGGGUUUGGGGUUGGCUUUGGGUUUGGGGUUGGGUUUGGGGUUGGGGUUGGGGUUGA